UCACAAGAAGGAUCCGAGGAAGGCGAGAUGGCAGAUACUGAGCCUGCUUCUGCGACUGACGACGCGCCACCACUACCUGACGAGCCUUUACCGGAGGACGCUCCACCUCUCCCUGACGAGCCUCUGCCAGCGCCUGCCGAAGAGGAUGAUGGCUGGUCUGCACAGCUUGACCCUGCUUCUGGCUGUUGGUAUUUCCUCAAUCGCUUCACUGGCUUGUCACAAUGGGAAAACCCACGAGUGCCCACCGCCGGUUCGAGCCAGCAGUAUGCGCCUGGUACAAGAUCCCACGCUCCUGGUACCUCUGAAUCUGCUGCACCGCCUGCAUCACCUCCGAGAGAACCGUAUUUAGGCUACAACCCUAAGAUCCAUGGCGACUUUGAUCCCAAUGCAGACUACGCAAAAUGGCACCAGGAAAAUCAGACAGAAGAAUGGGCUGCUUCAGAAGUUACCCUGGCACAACCUACCGCAGCAUACGAGCAGGCCGGCACAUUCAAUCGCUUCACAGGAGCUUUCCAAGCCGCCGAUAAGAGUGCAGAAAACCACAAUGAUGAGAACAAGUCAAGGCGCCAACUCAAUGCCUUCUUUGAUGUAGAUCGCGCUGCCAAUGCUCAUGAAGGUCGCUCCCUCAAAGCUGAGCGCGCCAACCAGAAGUUGAGCAAGAAGCAAGUCAAAGCCUUCAAUGAGCAGCGACGCGCCAAAAAGGAGCAAAAGCGUCGGGAUUUCCUC